AUGGCGAUGGCCGGAACUGACGGAUAUUGUUGACCCGAGAUGAGUUGCUGUUGAUGAAAUUUGUCUGAUCCUCGGAGCUUUGGACGCUGAAUGAAGUGUUCAGAAUGACAGCAAUCAAGCACGCAUUGCAGAGGGAUAUUUUCACUCCAAAUGAUGAACGAUUGCUCAGCAUUGUCAAUGUAUGCAAGGCGGGCAAAAAGAAAAAAAACUGCUUUCUGUGUGCUACAGUAACUACAGAGCGACCAGUUCAAGUAAAUGUUGUUAAGGUGAAGAAAUCAGAUAAGGGGGAUUUCUACAAACGGCAGACAGCAUGGGCAUUGCGAGAUUUGGCUGUUGUCGAUGCUAAGGAUGCUAACAAGGAGAAUCCAGAGUUUGAUUUGCACUUUGAUAAAGUGUACAAGUGGCUUGCUAGCAGCACAGCAGAGAAAAAUGCUUUCAUUUGUUGUAUUUGGAAACUUAAUCAGCGAUAUCUUAGAAAGAAGAUCGAGUUUGUCAAUGUUAGUUCACAGUUACUGGAAGAACUUCCUAAGGUUACAGAAGAGUCUGUUCCAAGUGGCGAAAAUCAGAGUGUGGCUGGUGGGGAUGAAGAAUCCUUGGAUGAAUACCAGGAGUUGAAUGCAAGAGAAGAACAAGAUAUUGAGAUAAUGAUGGAUGGUUGUGAAUAUGCUAUCUCAAAUGCUGAAGCCUUUGCAGAAAAAUUGUCUAGGGAAUUGCAAGUGUUAGAUGGGGCCAACAUCCAAUCCAUUAUGGCUUCGGAAAAGCAGGUGAACACUCUAAUGCAAUUGCUGGAUGAAGCUCUUAAAGAAGUGGAUGAGAUUGAGUAUAAGCUGAGCAGUUAUGAAGAAAUGCUACAAAGUGUAAAGGAGCAAAUGGAUCACAUUUCCCAAAGUAAUGACCUCAUACAACUCAGUAAUACUAAUAAUAUGAAGCUUCUGGAGGAAAUAGAAUUUCUUGUGAAUUAUUUGGACCUAUCCAAAGGCCACAUUAAAGCCCUCACGGAUGGGGAUCUUUCUUCUUCUAAAGGUAUUGAGGCAUGCACCAAUGCUGCCGAGGCCCUUCUACAGUGUAUGAAUGUGGCCCUUCGACCAGGACACGAGGAGCUUCAUGCAGUGAGACAGCAGCAACAGCAGUUCAGGGAUCUGCGUGAACAGUUUGCUAGGAGACUGACCAAUCAUCUUAAUAAUGUCUUUGUUCAACAGUUUACUCAGACUCUCACCCUGUUCUAUCGCAGAGCUUCGUACCACUCAGUUUAUGGGCAUGAUCAAAGUUCAACUUUGGCUCAGCACUCGAUUGAGCUGACUCUCCCCAAACACCUUCCAUUCCAUCGAGAUUUACUUAGAUAUGCCAAACUUAUGGAAUGGUUGAAGAAUACUGAUCGUGAGAAAUAUGAAGGUUUGAAUAAGAACUAUGUAGACUAUAUUUCUAGGCUGUAUGAAAGGGAAAUUAAGGAGUUCUUUGAGGUUGCAAAGAUCAAGAUGACUGGAACAUCAAAAGAAGGAAAGAAGUUUGCCACACUUCCUCGAAAAGAGAGUGCUGUCAAACAAGAUAUAGAAAGUCUUCAUGGAAGUUCUGGAAAACUUACAGGUUCUACUUCUAGCCUAAACAAGCUGUCUGUUCAGGGAUCAGGAAAUCGUCGCUCUCAGUCAUCCUCACUGCUUGACAUGGGAAACAUGUCUGCUUCGGACAUCGAUGUGGCUGAUAGAACCAAAUUUGAUAAGAUUUUUGAACAGGUCUUAAGCGAAUUAGAACCUCUCUGUUUGGCUGAACAGGAUUUCAUCAGCAAAUUCUUCAAGCUACAACAAAGUCCAGCUUUACCAGGAUCAGUAGUGACAGACUGCAGCGAGGUGGAUGGAGGAUAUAUGUCUCGGUCACACAAUCUUUUGGGAGACAAGUUCUCAGUGCCAUCUGAAAAAGAGGAGGCUGGCAUUAUUCGAUCAAUGAUGAUUAAAGUUUUCCGCUGUAUUGAGCCAGAACUGAACAACCUCAUUUCACUUGGGGAUAAAAUUGACAGCUUUAACUCACUAUACAUGUUGGUAAAGAUGAGCCAUCAUGUUUGGACAGCAGAGAAUGUGGACCCUGCAUCCUUUCUCAGCACCACAUUAGGAAAUGUCCUUGUGACAGUCAAGAGAAAUUUUGACAAAUGCAUUUCGAAUCAGAUUAAGCAGAUGGAAGAAGUGAAGAUAUCGAAGAAGAGUAAAGUUGGAAUUUUACCAUUUGUAAGUGGGUUUGAAGAAUUUGCUGAACUAGCAGAGUCCAUCUUCAGAGCUGCAGAACGAAGGGGUGACCUGGACAAGGCCUACACCAAACUAAUUCGGGCAGUUUACAACAAUGUGGAAAAAGUCGCUAAUGAAAGUCAGAAAACUCCACGAGACGUUGUGAUGAUGGAAAACUUUCACCACAUUUUUUCAACACUCUCUCACCUUAAAAUUGCAUGUCUAGAGGCAGAAAGGAGAGAAGCCAAGCAGAAAUAUACAGAACAUUUGCAAUCUUACGUGAUAUAUUCUCUGGGGCAACCUCUUGAGAAACUUAAUCAUUUCUUUGAGGGGAUUGAAGCCCGUGUAGCACAGGGUAUCCGAGAAGAGGAAGUGAGUUAUCAGCUGGCCUUUAACAAGCAAGAGCUGAGAAAGGUUAUCAAGGAAUACCCUGGAAAGGAAGUGAAAAAAGGACUGGACAAUCUGUACAAAAAAGUGGACAAACAUCUCUGUGAGGAGGAAAAUUUGCUGCAGGUUAUGUGGCAUUCAAUGCAAGAUGAAUUCAUUCGUCAGUACAAGCACUUUGAGGGACUGAUAGCACGCUGUUAUCCUGGAUCUGGGAUCACAAUGGAAUUCACCAUUCAAGACAUUUUGGAAUAUUUCUCAAGCAUUGCUCAAUCUCACUGAAGAAAUGUGUGUGAAUGUUAACUAUGUCCUAUAGAGUUUUCAUAAAAUUUCCUUUGCUAAUUCCUGCAGGCUGUUACUUCCAGAGAAAUUAUCAUUUAAUGUCAUCAUAGUAUCGUCUGCAUUUAGAAAAAUGUUCACUCUAGCAGCCCAAAGUAGAGAAACAACUAGUCUUUCAGGCACUGUUUACAAUUAACGUGUGUGUAUUAGCAAAAAUAAGUUCCAAUUAGGAAUGCAGAUCUGUGAUGCUCUGUGUUACUUCUUUAUGAUUGGAAGUUCCAGUUUAUGAAGAAAUGUAGUAUGUUCAUAAUCAUUACAGGUUUUUUUUUAAAGUACAGCUUCUAAUAUCAGAUAACAGCUAAGUGUUACAUAAAUUAAUCUAAGCUCAGUCUCUGACCAAAGAGAUGUUUGUGGCCACUUUAUUUUUCUGUAGCUUUAAAAAAAGUUUCAUAGCUGUUGGAAAAUCACUGAGCGUAAAUACAUUUUUAAAGGUGAUUUUAAAGGAGAUUAUUUUUUCUAACAUAAUUUUAUCAUCAUGUUUAAGAAAAAUAUCUACCCAGAAUAGAACCAAAAGCCAACGAAGUAAACUGCAAUCCAACAUAUAGAACUCCAACAUGUUAGUUUAUCUUUUUCUUCGUUUCCUUGAAAAUCUAAUAAAAUUCAUGUGUAAUUUUUCUGAAUAUUCACAUAGAGCCAAUACAAACAAUUUUAAUAUUUCACCCGAGAAAUAGUUUUAAAAUAUAUGUAAUUCUAGAAAUAUUUGGAACAGGAAUCUCAAAAUAUUUACUCCAUACAGUAAGUAGAAUGCACAGAAUAUUUGGAAGGUAGCUUUGACUUUGGAGUGGCAGAAAAUUAAACAUCCAGUGAAUUUCAUACAAGUGAGCUGUUAUUUAUUAUGCAAUGCUAAGCAGAGUAGGGCAAACCAAACUAAUACUGGAAACAUGCAUUAACACACAUGGUCGUACUUGCUAAUACAAAAGAAUAUAAUCAUUAACUAAUCAUAAUCAAAUAUUUAUCUAAUAUUUAGAAUUAUUCUGUGAUGCUUCUGGUAAGCAUAUGCACUAAUUCACUAAAACACUAAUCAUUGCAAAGUAUGCAAAAUGAUUUGCAUUUUCUCUAUAUGCAUCUGCAUAUAAGUGAAAACAGUAAAUUAGCAUUUUAAACACGUAAAGGUUAAUGUAUUGCGCAUUGAUGUCAAAGCAAUGGAGGUUCCUUAAUUACAAUAAACUGUAGUAAUUGGAGGUAGUAAUCUAUAAUGUAGACCAUUUGUUAGAAUUUGGCCACUAAAUUGUAGUGUAAAACUCUUGACAGAUGUAUUUCUUAACACUGGUCACUGGAAUUAUUUUAAUAUAUCUUCUGAGGGCUUCUGCAAGUAAGAAGAUGACUUAUUUGUUCAGGACAUUAAUGAAACUUGAGUCACUUUUUAAAAUCUAAACUGCAUUAAAUUAAAUAAUUUGAUAGCUUUUUGUAUGUAGACAUUACCUAAUCUCAUAACCACUUGAGCAGAACAGCAAGGUUAUAAAUAUUGGUAAAGGUGAUUUAUUGGUCUAUUUAAUCAUGCAUUCUGAAAAUAUCCAUGUAUCAGCAUUAUGAAUGACGAUGCAAAUACAUUUAGUAACACUGAGAAUUUUAAGGUGCAAGCAAUGUUGUUAUUGCAAGACCCUUUAUGAUGUAGGUAUGCCUUGGAAUAUAAAACACAUUUUAGAUUUUGUAUUUUGUUGAUGCAAACCUCCUACCUUGUUUAGGCUUUCAAGAUGUACUAUUGAUAGCUUUCUUCAUCAACUUGCAUUAUGUUGUCAACUUUUAUAAUGGGAAUUAAUCAUUUACACUGUAAACAGUAAAAUUCUGUGGGAAUAAAAAUGUGAUUCUAAUGAUCUCUUAACAAUAUAUCACCAUUUAAAACACUAUCAGUAAAAUAAAGCGAACUUAAG